AGUGCACUGCAACAGUCUACAGGCGACUUUCGUUCGUGUAUCGUGUAGAUAAUCAGUCAAAUAGUUCAUAGUACAUUAAAAAACAGAAAAAAACAUCUGAUAAUUAAUUAAAACACGGCUUUCACGUUAACAAUUUGACCGUAAUAAUUUAAUAAUUCAGUAAUCAUUAGUGUAUCAUAUUGUACAUGACAUGUACAGCUAUUCUUUUGCGUGCAAGAGGAUGACAUCUCGAUCGUUGAUCUUAUUGUGUGUAUUAUGUUGCUGUCUCACUGUGUGCACUGCUAAGAAAAUGAAAGUGGAAGGGGAAGAAUUCGACGUGCUUCCGUAUCCAGGUGAUUGCACGAAAUAUCUGGUGUGCCAGAAAGGCGUGUGCAACCUCGGUAGCUGCACAUCCACCUACGUGUUCGAUCCUGCGACCGGUACCUGUUCACAUCGAGCACGUGGAUUCGUCGAUUGUGGUCUUCGUUCUCCAAAGAAGUAUAGUCCCUCGUGGUGAAAUAGAAAGUAAUCGUAAAAUCAGUCGAACGAAACGCUUACGAACGCUUCGACUGAGAGAACGGCCACUCAAAAGUCUUUGAGAAAUGAUUUCUUCAGUUUCGACGGGAUUCGAUGAUCUCGAAUUAUUUGAUACUUGGAACCUUCGGACGUUCUGAAAAAUUUUGCAUUUUGAGUCUUUCCAGUCUGCAGUCCCUAGGCCUUAAAUCUUCGAAAUCUUGAUAGGCUUCGAAGAUUCGAAGGACCGAAGAUUCUCUGAGUUACGAGUACGUAACUCAGAGAUUCGAAGGCAUAGACGUUUCGAAAUCGCGAAGUUUUCAGUAAACAUUUUGAAGCCGACUAAAUCCAGUAAGAUCCGCCAAGACAUUCAAGACUCUCGUCGAAACUUAAGGGUCAAGAGCAUUUUUCAAAGCCAGUUCCAAGUAUCGAGUCACGUUCGAAUCGAUUCGAAGAAUUCCCGAGCGCGUCACUGUCUGCAAUACGACCAACAACCUCGCUAUUUCAUCAUCAGGGACCCUACUUCCACCACAGAAACUUCCUCGAGCUCGUUCUGACUCGAGAGAGUGUCGUCUGUCCAUCUGUCCAUGUAUUCGUUUUGUAAAAAUGUAACGCAAUGAGAAUAAAACUGCCAGAGAAGGUAAACUAU